UCCGGGCAAAACCAUUACAGUUUAGAUCUGUAUCUACAGAGCAUUUUUUUUCCUUUAAAAAAAAUUGGAAAAUACAAGAAGUUUUGGAUUUUUUUCCUGAUUCUUUUUUUGGAGGGGGAAAUUGCAUCGUAAGCUUUUGGAGAAACCCAACAUGUCAACUACCUUUCCCGGACUAGUCCACGAUGCGGAGAUACGUCACGACGGAUCAAACAGCUACCGUUUGAUGCAGCUUGGCUGUCUGGAGUCUGUAGCCAAUUCCACGGUUGCCUAUUCCUCCUCCUCUCCUUUAACUUACUCCACCACCGGCACCGAGUUUGCGUCCCCCUACUUCUCCACUAACCACCAGUACACCCCGCUCCAUCACCAGUCGUUCCAUUACGAGUUCCAGCACAGCCACCCGGCGGUCACUCCCGACGCCUACUCUCUGAACUCGCUCCACCACUCACAACAGUACUACCAGCAGAUUCACCACGGGGAGCCCACCGACUUUAUUAACCUGCACAAUGCGCGGGCGCUCAAGUCCUCCUGCCUGGACGAGCAGAGGCGGGAGCUGGGCUGCCUCGAUGCCUACCGCCGCCACGACCUGUCCCUCAUGAGCCAUGGCUCUCAGUAUGGAAUGCACCCAGAUCAAAGACUCCUGCCAGGCCCCAGCCUGGGGCUGGCCGCCGCGGGAGCCGACGACUUGCAGGGUUCUGUGGAAGCCCAGUGUGGGAUUGUUCUCAACGGCCAAGGGGGAGUGAUAAGAAGAGGUGGCACCUGUGUGGUCAACCCCACAGACUUGUUUUGCUCAGUUCCUGGUCGAUUGUCCCUUCUCAGUUCUACUUCCAAAUACAAGGUGACCAUUGCUGAGGUAAAGAGGCGUCUCUCGCCACCUGAGUGCCUCAAUGCUUCACUCCUGGGAGGCAUUCUGAGGAGAGCAAAAUCCAAGAAUGGUGGCCGCUGCCUAAGAGAGAAACUGGAUAGGCUUGGCCUAAAUCUGCCAGCUGGAAGACGGAAAGCAGCCAAUGUCACCCUCCUCACUUCCUUGGUUGAAGGUGAGGCUUUGCACUUGGCUCGGGAUUUUGGCUACACAUGUGAAACGGAGUUUCCAGCCAAGGCAGUAGGAGAACAUCUUGCCAGACAACAUAUGGAACAGAAAGAACAGACAGCACGGAAAAAGAUGAUCCUAGCGACCAAACAAAUUUGUAAAGAAUUCCAAGACCUCCUGAGCCAAGACAGAUCCCCCCUGGGGUCCUCCAGACCCACUCCCAUUCUAGACCUGGACAUCCAGAGGCACUUAACACAUUUCAGUUUGAUCACUCAUGGUUUCGGGACGCCAGCAAUAUGUGCAGCUCUGAGCACUUUCCAAACAGUCCUCAGUGAGAUGCUUAACUACUUGGAAAAACACACUACUCACAAAAAUGGUGGUGCGGCAGACUCUGGCCAAGGACAUGCCAACUCGGAGAAAGCCCCGCUGCGGAAAGCUUCAGAGGCUGCCGUGAAGGAGGGCAAAACAGAAAAGACAGACUAGCAACAUCAAACAGAAUCUAUUUCCAGAGAGUCUUGCUGCUCAUAUUUUUUUUCUAAAAUAUAUAUCAUUGAGGGUGACUAAUUUUCAGUGGACAAAAUCUUUACUCUCCCCAGCCCUCCAUAAAAAUAAAAUCAAAAUGGAAAUUUAAAAAAAAAUGAAACAAAAAAGGACAAGUCUAGAAAAAUGGAAAAAAAGGAAAACAGCAGUGUAACUGUGUGAUGAAAUUGUUACUUUGAAUUUUCUGUUAUGAUAAAACUCCUUUUGUGCACGUAAUUUAUUGUUCUGAAUUAUAUACACCACAGUUUUCAAGCACGUCUGGACUUUGGAGGGGCAGCACAUGCUUUUUCACAUGUAACUGAUGCACUUUCUAAUCCAGCUAUGUAGUUAGGGAUCAGAGAACAUGACCAAACUGGAGGCUGCCACCAGUGACUGCAGCUCCAACCAUCUUUGACUUAACCCCCUCUCACUCAAGAGUGCCUCUUUCCAUUAAACAGGCCAAUCUGAAAUCCAUCCACUAGGACUUGUUUGGGGGAACUGACAAAGGCAGUCAAGAACUUUUGUUCUCUGCACUGACAGCAGAUCUAAAUAUUUAGUCACCCCCAGAUAACUGAAUUAUCUGUGCCUUGGUGGUGUUUAAAAAUUCCAGAAACUGCCUCCCUUCUACCUACCAUUCCCUUCCCCUUAGGCCCCCUCCCCCAUUUCUGAGAAGAUAUUCAGAAGAUUUAUAUGACUCUGUAGGGAUGAGAGACGAACUCUUCCUUGCUAACCUUACAGUUCAAAGACACGCUGAACUUAGUACAUGGGGUAUAUGGACACAGGAGAGGGGAGCUUUGCCACUCCUGCGAUCUCAGUGGGAUGCAACAUUGUUUUGCCUGAAAAUUAAGAGAAAUGGGAACAGUAGUAUUUCUGAGAAGUCCUGCCUGUAAGACUUGGGGUCCCUUUAAAGUACUGGUGUCAAUGACUGUGUGGUUGAAGCGAGAGCUAUGUUUUUUUUUUACUUCUUGCUACUUCUACCUGUCCCACGUGUUCUAAACCUUUAGAGGCACAAAAGCAUCCAGGCUAUGUUCAAUAAAGAAAACAAACAGAAUAAUCCCAGAGAAGACAUUUAUGUUGAAACCUUUUUGUUCUUACAGAUUUCUUGUCUUUCAGUUAAGACACUACACAUGAGAAAUUCCUGACUGCAAAGGCCAGGGAUAAUUGAAAGAAUGUUGGAUCCAUAUAAACCUGUAUAUGUCAAGAAAGUUGAUUGCCAUCAUGUUGUUCUAGCAUUUCUACUGUUAACAAUUAAGCUUUUAUAUAGGCCAAUAAAAACAUAGAUCAUUAUGUAACAAAGGAAUUAUCUUCAUGUGUAGACACUCAACACUUAGUAUAGCAUGAAAACAUUAACAUGUUUCAAUUAUUUUAAAAAUCUCUGCCAUAUUAUAACUUCCUGGAGAAUAUUAGCAUUAUAGCUAAUGAGAGGAGAUAUCUGAAACUCUCGUGUAUGAAUCAAAGAAACUAUUUUUACCUGACAAUAAUUCUUAAAACAGUUAUCUUGAGUCUUGUACAGAAAAGAAUCAUAAUCACUGAAAACCUAAAGUGUUUUGAUUAAAUUUAUAUAGCAGGAGACAUGCUGAGGAAUUCCAUAACAAUGGCACUUAUAGUAAUACAGUAGAAGAGCUUAAAAUAAAAAAAAAUGUAAAAGAAAAGAAUUAUGAUUUCAUGUGUUUAGUUCCAUUUUUCUAAUUUACCACUAUUCAUGGCUUUACUUUCUUAAAUAAAAUAAACAUAAAACAAAGCCAACAUUCUUCCACAGUUCCAAAUUUUAUGAGAAAAUAAGUAAGACCAUGUAUCAAGUUUCCCAUACUGUAAAAUACACAUACCAAGAAAUGGUAAAUAUCCCAGUUUAGCAAGUGGUAGGAAAGUUACAUCUAGAUAAUGUGGACUACUGUUUCCUCAAUAAAACCUCCACACGAAUUGUUCUUUAUCCCAUUUAGUAUUAAUAAUACACUUGUAUUUAAUAUGGCAUUUUGAGAUGCAUACUACUAGUACUUGAUGUAGUUAUAGACCAUGCCAAUUGUUCACCAAUCAUCAGCUGGAACUCCAGGUCUGGCUUAUGUUACCAGUCUACUUCUUCACCCUUAGUUAUAACUAGUUUGGGUUCUGAACACCUCAGUGGGGUGUUAUUAUUUAUUAGCCUUGAAACAAGAUGUAACUAUAACUACAGUGCUUAUUACUUACCAGGAUUGCGGGUGUUUUAAGAGCCUUAAUGGACAACACCCAUCAUUUCACUUAACCAGCCAUUAGAACAUAAAUGAGUUGAUGGACUGGUCCUGUUUAGAAUCAUCAUUUAUUAUCAUAUUCUAACAGACAUUGUUAAUACCAGCUUUUGCCUUGUAUAUAAUAGGUAAUCAACACUUUUUAAAUAAAUG